AUGGAGAAGGUGAUCUACGAGAUCAUCAACCCCAAGUCGAUUACUAUGGGCGAGCUCUAUGGCGCCUAUGACGAGGCGACGAUGAUGGAAUGGACGGACGGCGUGCUGUCCUCCAUCAUGCGCCGGAUGUGUCAGGACGAGAAGCCAGAUGAGAAGUGGCUGCUGCUGGACGGUCCCGUAGACACGCUGUGGAUCGAGUCCAUGAACACCGUGCUGGACGACAACAAGGUCCUGACCUUGAUCAACGGAGACCGAAUCUCGAUGCCCCCAAUGGUGCGGCUACUCUUCGAAGUCGCCGACCUUUCCCAGGCUUCGCCGGCAACAGUCUCUCGAGCGGGCAUGGUGUAUUUCGACCCUCCCGACCUGGGUUGGGAGCCUUACUUCACCUCGUGGGUGCAGAAGUUUAUCCCGGCGAACCGCCAGGCGGACGUGUCGGCCCUGGCUGAGAAGUGGAUUCCCAAGUGUCUGAAAAUCCGAAAGUCCUGCCAAGAGCUAGCGCCCAUAGUGGACACCAAUGCCGUCAUGUCGCUCACGCGCCUGUAUGAGACCUUUGCCCCCAAGAUCGACAUCGAGGCAUUCGGGGAGAAGUCGGGAGAAGCUUUGGAGAAGCUCUUCGCGUACGCGCUGGUCUGGUCUCUCGGCUCUUCGAUCACGGAGGCCUCGCGACCUGCAUUUGACCAGUGCGUUCGCGAGAUCGAGAACUUCUUUCCGGCUUCGCACCCCAUCUACGACUACAGCUUCAACUUCGAAAAGGCUGACUGGCAAACUUGGGAGGAGAAGCUGCCCAACCCUUUCAAGCCGGGCGAGGACACCCCCUUCCACCGCAUCAUCGUGCCCACGACUGACACCAUCCGCAACAUGUUCAUCCUCAACUCCCUCAAUGGAAAGCACUUCCACAGCUUGCUUGUCGGCGCGACGGGCACGGGCAAGACCAUUGCCGUGCAACAGGCCAUUUCGGAGCUCGAUGACACGGCAUGGACCUCGCUGACCAUCAACAUGUCGGCGAUGACAUCAUCAGGCAAGACCCAGGAGAUCAUCGAGAGCAAGAUCGAGAAGCGCAUCAAGAACAAGUUCGGACCGGCUGGCAACAAGCGCAUGCUCAUGUUCGUGGACGACCUGAACAUGCCCAGGAAGGACACCUUCGGAUCGCAACCACCCCUGGAACUCCUCAGGCAGUGGAUCGAUUACGGCUGCUGGUACGACCGCGUCAAGCAGACGCUGAGGUAUGUCGAGGGCAUCCACAUGGUCUCUGCCAUGGGCCCACCGGGAGGUGGACGAGCCGUCAUCUCCGCGCGGCUGCAGUCUGCGGCAAACAACCUUUGCUUCGUGAAUCCCGCGGACAGCCAGAUCAAGCGCAUCUUCAUGACCUUGGCGAGCAACAAGCUCAACGAGUUCCGCAACGAAGACAUCAAAGCUUUGUCGGAACCAUUGACCAUGACGACCAUCGCCAUCUACAGUCAGAUCAGCGACGGAUUCCUACCUACGCCGGAGAAGUGCCACUACCUCUUCAACCUCCGCGACAUCGCCAAGAUCUUCCAAGGCAUCUACCUCGCAGAUACCAAGGUCCACGAGGAGAAGGAGCAGAUCAUCCGCCUUUGGUACCACGAGUGCUGUCGCGUCUUCAUGGACCGCUUGAUCAACUACGAGGACCGCGAGAAGCUUCGCAGCCUGCUUGACACGGCCAUGGACAACGGCCUCCAGGUCCGCAGCAAAGAGAUUGAUGGCGGCGACCCCGACUUUGUCUUCGCAGCCCUGGACCUGACGAACCCUGAAGCCGAGGAUGCGGUGUACGACUACAUGCAGGAUCGCAAAGGCCUCAAAGCCUUCAUGGAGCAGAAGAACGAGGACUACAACCAAAUGUUCAAGAAGUCACCCAUGUCCUUGGUGAUGUUCAAGGAGGCAGUGGAGAUCUGCUGCAAGAUCUUGCGCAUCCUCAAGCAGCCGCAGGGGAAUGCCUUGCUCAUCGGCGUGGGCGGCUCUGGGCGCCACUGUCAGACUCGUUUGGCCUCGUACCUGGCUUUCUACAAGUGCUUCUCCAUCGAGAUCACCAAGCAGUACAAGCACCAGGCGUUCUUGGAGGACAUGAAGCGACUCUACGAGCUAACGGGCGUGAAGAACCAGAAGCUGACUUUCCUCUUCUCGGACACCGAGAUUGUCGAGGAGAGCUUCCUGGAAGAUGUCGCCAACAUGCUGUCGAGCGGUGAGGUGCCGAAUCUCUUCACCAGUGACGAGCUGGGGACCAUUCGCAGCUCCUUGGAGAAGGCGGCGAAGGAGCAAAAGAUCAACCAGACGGCAGAAGCCAUGUACGAGUUCUUUAUCUCGCGGGUGCGCGAGAACUUGCACAUCGUUUUCUGCCUUUCCUACAUUGGCAACAACUUCCGCGACUACUGCCGCAUGUACCCCUCCUUGGUCAGCUGCACCACAGCCAUUUGGCUGCUGCCCUGGCCUGCUGAGGCACUGACGGAGGUGGCCCUGAAGUUCCUCACGGAAGGUGAGCUGGAGGAACAUCUGCGGGCGCCCGUGGCCGAGAUUUUCGGAUCGGCGCACACGACGGUCAUGCGCUUCUCCACCCGUAUUCACCAGGAGCAGAAGCGCAUGAACUAUGUGACGCCAACCAACUACCUGGAGUUGGUACAGGGCUACAUGGGCAUGCUCAAGGACAAGCAGAAGGAGUUGGGCUCUGCGGCGGACAAGUUGCGAAAUGGUCUCUCGAAGCUCGACGAUGCCCGAGUGCAAGUGGCAGAGAUGAGCGUGGACCUUGAAGAGAAGCAGAAGAUCUGCGACGUCAAGGCAAAAGAGUGCGAGGAGCUGCUGAAAGUCAUCACGGCGGAGCGCUCGAAAGCGGACGCGCAGCAAGCGCAGGUGGAAGCAGAUUCCAUCCGCAUUGAGAAGGAAGCCAAGGAGACGAAGAUCUUAGCCGACGACGCCACCCGAGAUCUGGAGAAGGCCAUGCCUGCUCUCGAUGCGGCGGUGGAUGCACUUGAGAAGCUGGACAAGAAGUCCAUCGCAGAGGUGAAAGCCUACGCGAAGCCGCCUGAGGCGGUGAUGAAGACCAUGUGCGCCGUGAUGACGGUCAUGGAGAAGACGCCCUCAUGGGGCCAAGCAAAGACCGAGCUGAAUGACACGAACUUCCUCGUCCGCAUCAAGACCUUCGACAAGGACAACAUCAAAGACACCACGCUGCGCAAGAUCGAGAAGUUCACCAAAGACGCCAAUUUCACUCCCAAGUUGGUGUCCAACGUCUCCUUGGCGGCAGGCGCCUUGUGUCAGUGGGUUCAUGCCAUGAAGAUCUAUGCCGAGAUCUACCGCGAGGUGGAGCCCAAGAGGAACAAGCUCAAGUCUGCGCAGGAUAAGCUUGAGGCCAAGCAGAAGCAGCUGAGGGAGGCCAACGCUGAGCUCAAGAAAGUGCAAGAGAUGGUCAAGAACUUGAACGACCAGUUCUCCGCCUCCAACAACGAGAAGGAGACCUUGGCGCGCACCGCCGAGGAGCUGAAAAUCAAGCUCGAGCGAGCAGGCAAGCUGGUCGAUGGCCUCGCCGGAGAGAAGGUACGGUGGACUGAGUCUUUGGGAAAGUUCGAUGUCCAGCAAGAGUGCCUCUUUGGCGACUGCCUCAUCUCUGCGGCUUUCAUGAGCUAUGCCGGUCCUUUCGGCGCGCUCUACCGAGAUGAGCUGGUGGGCAGUGAGUGGAUGGCAUCGGUGAAGGAGAAGGAAGUUCCGGUGACGGCGACCUACUCCUUCGCCAGCUUCCUUGCGAAGCCAACGGAAGUGCGCGAGUGGAACCUCCAGAGGCUACCAGCAGACGACUUCAGCACCGAAAACGGCGUCCUGGUGACGAAGAGCCGGCGCUUCCCGCUCAUGAUCGAUCCGCAAAACCAGGCCAACACCUGGGUGCGGAAGAUGGAGGAGUCGCGGCAGCUGAAGGUCUUCGAUCCGAACUCCAAGGACAUCAUGAAGUCUUUGGAGCGGGCCAUUGAGUUCGGAUCCCCGGUGUUGUUGGAGAACGUGGCAGAGGAGCUGGACCCAUCACUUGAGCCGAUCCUCGCCAAGAACAUCAUCGACAGCGGCGGAGGCAGUCUCUCCAUCAAGGUGGGCGACAACGUCUUGGACUACAAUCCUCAGUUCAUGUUCUACAUCACCACGAAGUUGUCCAAUCCGCACUACACCCCCGAGGUCUCCACCAAGACGACCAUCGUGAACUUCAUCGUGGUGCUGGAUGGCCUCACAAACCAGCUGCUGGGCGUCAUUGUCCGCAGCGAGGACCCACGACUCGAGGAGGAGAAGAACAAGCUUGUCUUCCAGGUGGCCAAAGGCAGGAACCGCUUGGUAGAGCUGGAGAACGACAUUCUGAGACUCCUCGCCGAGACAAAGGGCUCCCUGCUGGACGACUUGAGCUUGAUCGACACCCUGCAGGAGUCAAAGGUCAUCAGUACACAGACCACUGAGCAGGUGGCCAUUGCCGAGCAGACCAUGAUCAAGAUCGACGCGGCGAGAGAGAACUACCGCCCCGCUGGACUGCGUUCUGCCGUGCUCUACUUCGUCUUGAACGAUCUUGUGGCCAUCGACCCCAUGUACCAGUUUGCCCUGGCAGCCUACGAGACCCUCUACGUGCAGAGCAUCGAGAAGAGCGCUGAGAAGAAGAUCUCUGUGGGAGGCGUGGAGGAGCGCAUAGAGGACCUCAAUGCAUUCCACGCCCUUGCAGUCUACAAGUACGGCUGCCGCGCCAUCUUCGAGCGCCACAAGCUUCUGCUGUCCCUCCACCUCUGUGCGCAAGUCUUGAAGUACUCCAACGACCUGAACGAGACGGAAUUCUCAUUCUUCCUCUUUGGUGGACAAGUCUUCGACCGGUCUGGACAAGCUGCGAACCCCUCGCCCGACUGGAUCAAUCAGAGCAUGUGGGACAACAUCGUCGAGGCAGACGCGAAGCUCGAAUCUUUCAAAGGCUUUCAGACGUCCCUGGAGCAGUCGCUGCGCGAUUGGAAGAAGUGGUACUCCGGCGCGGAACCCGAGAGGGAUGCCUUGCCUGGUGAGUGGCAGGAGCGUCUCGACCCUCUGCAGAAGCUGAUCAUCGUACGUUGCAUCCGCCCUGACCGUGUGCUUCCGGCCGUGCAGGUCUUUGUGGCGCUGAAGCUGGAUCAGAAGUUCGUGGAGCCGCCACCGCUGGACCUAGAAGCGAUCUACGACGAAUCGAGCUGUACGACGCCACUCCUGUUCGUCCUCACACCUGGCAUGGAUCCUACAUCGCAGCUUAGGGCCCUGGCCGUCGCGCGUGGAUUGCAAUGGCAGACGAUUUCUCUGGGACAGGGCCAGGAACCGAAAGCCAAGAAGAUGAUGAUCGAUGGCGCCGAAAAGGGCUUCUGGGUGCUACUGGCAAAUUGCCAUCUCUGUGUGCAUUGGCUUCCCUCUCUAGAGAAGCUGAUCGAAAAGACCUUUGACGAGGGGCCGCACGAGAAGUUCCGCAUCUUCCUGUCAUCCUCGCCGACUCCAAAGUUCCCCAUUCAGCUCCUGCAGAACUGCAUCAAGAUGACCACGGAACCUCCAAAGGGGCUGAAAGCCAACCUUGUGCGGCUGUUGCAGAACACCGCAGAGGAGUCCUACAACCGUGUCAAAGAGGUGCAGAAGUAUCGCCGGCUCUUCUUCUCUCUGUGUUGGUUCCAUGCAAUUCUCCUGGAGCGGAAGAAGUUCAAGAUGCUGGGAUGGAACAUCGGCUACGACUUCAACGACUCAGACUUCGACAUCUGUGAGAACAUCCUGGCCAUGUAUCUGGACGAGAAUCCCACGGAGAUCCCUUGGGAUGCCAUCCGCUACCUCAUCGCCGAGGCCAACUAUGGCGGCCGAGUCACUGAGCACCCGGAUAACCGCAUUUUGAGGUCUUACGUCAACGAGUUCUUCUGCCCGGCAGCCUUGCAGCCAAAGUUCCAGCUCUCUUCCCUGCCCACGUACUUCAUUCCGGAGGCCGGUGCCGCCAAUUGGGGUUUAGGGUUUAGGGUUUAG